UUUAAAUGUGAAUUACCAUAAACUCAAAUAUGCCUCUCUGCAAGCUUUCUCUGGCCCUAACGCAAAAGCUGUUGCCCAGCGAUAUGUGCGGCGAAGACAGUACUUCAGACUCAAAAAAGCCUGCCAAUAACAAUACUGAUAUACCAAAAAUGAAGCUGCUCAAGGUUAACUAUGUGCAUCAAUGCAAGGAGGCUAUAAUAAACAGGUCAAACGAGACUCCACAGUCUGCCCGACUGCCCAACAACCCCACUCGUUUCGAGGGUAUAUGCAGACAGUUCAGAAGUCCGGCACAUAUCGGAACUGCCUGCCAAACCGGUUCUAACAUACUGCUAAACUCAAAAAGUCUUUUGGCCUCCCAAGCACAAUUCAAAACCAAGUCCUGGUCAACUCAAAAAUCCAAUGCCUCGUUUCAGGAGCCAAAUGUGAAUGAUUAUUCUUGUAACAAGGCAAUUAGUUGUGACUGUAAUAAUUCACAUACUUGGAAAUAUCGAAGCUCUCCUUGCGACUUUCAGCUUGAGGCCAACGGUAUAAAAUCACGUUCCGACCGAAUCGCGCGGAUCGAAAGCACCGAAGUGAGUAAUACACUUCUGAAAGCCGAGCAUUUAGUUCGAAACCGGAAAACCGAACAUCAUUCAAAUCUAUGGAUAUCAUUUGACGGGGGACAAGAGAGUAACUCUAGCUAUACAAAAAAAAACAAACUAGAGAGAGUUCACUUUCGCAAAAAACGGGAAACUCUGCAUAUCAUUAAUCGCUUGGUGGAUGAAAAAGAACGGUUCAACCAACAUCAAAAUUCGCAGAGAAAUUAUCUGGAUAAAAGAUAUGAUUACGUCGUACCAGAUGAUCGACACCAUAGAGUAAAUCAACAAAGAUGGUCUCAUUCUGGUGCUUCUUCCGAUAAUUGCAAUAGUCAAAAGCCAUCGAAUUUUUCUCAUAAUAUCGAGGAAGCUAAUGGAGAAAAAUCGGAAAGGCAGGGUUCUGUCAAGUCAAGAGAAAAUCUUACAAGUCAGAUGAAAGCUAUUGUUGGUGAUCCAAACGACUUACAGAAUUUUUCCAAGAAGAAUCUGACCAAGAUAACGACUAACGAAUUGAUACAAGCCGCUACAGAAAAUAUAAAGCAGUGUAACAUUGAACAAGAGCGCAAAUUAAAUAAUUUGAAAGUAAGGGCAGAGGAAUCCAAAUGCAACAGCCGUUGGGUUAGGGAGACGCCUAAUAUAAAACUCUUCAAUGAAUUCAUUAACUUCUCUAGAGUCGAUCCUAUUGUGUUGUCGUCUAACGCAUCGUCCAACUGUGGAGAAUCCUGUCUAGAUAAUAAUUCUCUGUGUGACUCAGAAAAAGAUUGCUGUGAAUGUUAUAGACAGCAGUAUUCAACUUCUUCCUUAAGCUGCAAUGCCGUUGGAGGUGUUUUCUGGAAUAAUGCAUAUAACGAACUUUCGCCAGGAAAAUCGACCAGCUGUUGUUGCAGCUUGUCGAGCUGUGAUGAAGAUGACUGCCCAUACUUUGGGAGAAGCUUAAGCGACGUCUUAAAGUCCGAAAGAGUACAACUUCAAAGCGACUUAUCCGAAGAUAUAAAAAGAUACCAAAAGAUAUGUAUGUAUACUUUAUAGAUAUGGCCCUGACAAAUUGUGAUUCAAGAAUUUCGAUUAAAAUCUGAUGAAUAUCAUACUUAUUUAUUAAGGGAUUCCCCAUUAAACUGAAUUACUGAAAACAUCGGUGAUGUAUCUCGAUACUUUGCCGAUAUUUUCAGCUGGAUAGGGAACGACCAAAAAAAAGUUAGCGACUGAAUUCGUUAACAGCUUAUUUAAAAAGUUUCAAUGGUCAAGUCUAAUCAACCGAGAAAAGCGCUUUGAAAGAGUUAAUUUUUUAUUUAUUCUCUGCAGAAGCGUAUCAGUAUGGUGACCCGAAUGUACCGACUUCUGUAUCCAAAUCUUACAUAAUUCCCUUUGAAAUUCUACCAACAAUUUAUGAAGAUCAAGAAGUUUAUGCAAGUAGUCUCGUAAAACGCUCGGACCAGAAAUUUCCUGUAAAUAUUAAAUUAUUAUGUUAAAUUUUUCUGAAAAUAAA